AUGGAUUCUCUCAUCGCGAAAGCCGACGCACUAGGACCCGUUGCGAAAAGACGAAAGAUAUACAAGGACGAACAUAGGAAGAAGUCGAAUGGGUCAUCAUCUCGCUCUGCCGCUCCGAGCGACCUUACGGCGGGUUCAGUGUCCAUUCGUACAUCUGUACCCAAGUCCCUUCGACCCACAUCCCCCCCUCCGGAGAAUGUGCCAAAAUAUUCUCAUAUAAAGGACAGGAAAUUACGCACCCAGCUUACACGGCAAUCCACCUGGUCUGCUCGCAAUAAGGUAUUACUUAAAGAUGCAGAGUUACUUUUGACGGAAGAAGUGGGGAGGAUAGACGUAGAUGGAGAGAUGGAGAAGACAUGGAGGGUAAGUCAAGACGAAGUGAUAAAUGCUGCAGGUCAGGAGGCGGCGAGGGGAAGGAAAGAGUGGACUUUAGAUGGUGGCCCAUACCGCUCAAAGUAUACCCGGAAUGGCAGGCACAUAGCCGUUGUAGGUCGAAAAGGACAUGUCGCUACGUUUGACUGGCAAGCUGGCGUUCUACAUACGGAGUUACAGCUGAGAGAGACGUGUAGAGAUAUAACAUUCUUGCACGACCAUUCUCACUUUGCCGUUGCACAACAGAAAUAUGUUUAUAUCUAUGAUCGAGACGGCGUCGAGCUACACCAACUCAAAUCUCAUAUAGAGCCGACACGGCUCGAGUUCCUACCGUUUCACUGGCUGCUUGCAAGUGUCGGCAAUUCUGGAUACCUGAAGUACCAGGAUACCUCUACCGGUCAGCUCCUCGUUGAACAUCGCACCAAGCUUGGCGCGUGUACGACUAUGACUCAAAACACGCAUAAUGCUGUCAUUCACCUGGGACACCAGAAUGGUACCGUCACGCUCUGGACUCCCAAUCUGCCAUAUCCGGCUGUCCGGCUUCUGUCACAUCUAGGGCCUGUCGUCAGUGUCAGCGUAGAUCCAAGUACUGGUGGGAGAUACAUGGCUUCCGCAGGGCAGGAUGGGACUGUAAAGGUCUGGGAUUGCCGAAAUUGGAAGGGUGCAGUGCGUCAGUGGAAUGCGAGAGGAGGGGGCGGUGAGUUGGAGUGGAGCCAGAAAGGCACAUUGGCAGUGACAACAGGCGGGAGUGUGAAUAUUUACACAAAGCCUUCCAUACAAGCUUCUUUCGCCGGGACAGUCUCUCCCCCUCUAUACCUAACGCAUCCGAUCCCGCACAGGCCAUUAUCGUCAGCGAGAUUUUGCCCGUUCCACGAUAUACUUACAGUUGGCCAUUCUGCCGGUCUCUCGAGCAUUCUUGUGCCUGGCUCCGGAGAGCCGAACUUCGACAGCGCAGAGGCCGAUCCGUUCGAGAACAAGAAAGCGCGACGGGAGAGGGAGAUCAAGAGUCUCUUGGAUAAGAUACAACCAGAUAUGAUCACGCUGGACCCUGAGUUCAUUGGGUCUCUUGCUCCUCCUCCCAAACUUUCUACUGCUGUCGAAGGAGUUCACGAUGUUCCUUUUGCACGCCUUCCUCGGUUGGAGCGAUUGCGCGUGCAGGGAAAAGCUGACGAAACGGAAGGUGAUGACCCAGUGGAUGACGAGGGUGACGAGGCUAGGCCCUCAAAAAAAUCCUCGCACGAAGAGAAAGAGAAAAAGAAGAUGCGUGGAAAGAAUAAAAGUCUCAAACGGUAUCUACGCAAGCAGCGGAAGAAUGUUAUUGACCCUCGUGCGAUCGCCGUCAAAGCCAAGUUAGAGAAGGAGCGGGAAGAGAGGCGGAAAGAGAGAGCUCUUGCCAACGGCGCUGAGAAACAGAAAUCAUCAGCAUUGGAUCGUUUCAAACGCCGUACAUAG